GUGGCUGGGAAUGGUGUGGUGGAACUCGCCGCGCCGCGAUCGUACCGGGACCGGGCACAGGGUUUUUAAACCCUCACCAGUAUCAGUCUAAUCAGUCUCGAGUUAUCUCGCACCGAGGACAGUUGGCCGGCCUGCACAACCGCUUCUGAGUUCCGAAUUCUUGUAACUACAGCGUAAAAACACACACAAAUCACCGAAAAUGUUCAAGCCACAUCUGGAAAUGAUCGGAAGCUACGAGCCUAUCAGCAAGAAGGCUCGCUUCUUCAACACCUACCUCAAAUCGCUCAAGGGCUCGCAGGACAUUAUGGCCAAGGAGAAGCGCAGCUACAGCUCGUCCUUCGAAUCGCAGAGCAUCUACAGUGACUCGAAAUUCGCCUGCGAAAGAGUCAAGUCGCCCGGUUACCACUACAACCCGGUCAGCCGUGACACCUACGGAGUCACGCCGAGAAAGAUUAACGCACGCGACUUCUCCGCCAGACGCUAAACAUUGAGUAGCAAAAACUCCAACUAUCCUUAAUGUCUUAAUGUUUUCCUAAGUUCUUGAACAACACCUUACCACAACACCGGUGGUAUCGGAAUGGCCGCCUGAUGACCAGAUGCCAGAUAACCAGAUAGAACAGCAACGGCGGCAGCAAUCGCAGCAGCAGCGAGCAUGUUUUUCGAUUAUAUUUUUCGUUUAUUGUGCGGCUUCCUCACAAGCGAGCGCGCGUGAGCAGAUGAUGGACACAAUGACACGGACGGAACCGACGGAUGGACGAGAUCGGGCAUCGCACCGCGAAUUUCGUGGAAACUUCAUUUUCAAUCCCGAUUCCCGUAACUCGCACCCCUAAUACCCCGUUCACAUGCUUUCGACACCUUCCGCGGAGUAACGAAACGAUAACAACGUGAGAGCGAAACCUUCGAUCAGCGGUACAGCUGAAAUGGCAACCAAAAAAAAGAAAACAAUCGAGAGUGAUGAUCCAGUGAUCCAGAGAGAGAGAAAAGAAAAAUACCUGGAUUUGGUUUAGUUUAGGAACAAUUCGAUCAACAAACAACCUGACAGACGACAAAUUAGCAACACGCACGCGGACUUCUACUAACAAGCUAUCUCGAGGCCAAGGAAAGGACAUCAUUUAUCGGUCAUCUUCGGGUCCAAAGUAGGACAGUCCUCCAACUCGAACAUCGAACAUCCGGGAGGCGGAAGAUCAGACAACAGCGACGCAUACAGACACACACACACACACACAUACGUAGACGUACACGCAUCGAACACUCGCAUACACACGUUUCGCGAAUCCUGGGAAAGCGGGCGUGGACCAACGGCGCAAUUGAAGGAGAGAAAAUGGAACGGAAAUGGAGAAGGGAAAGAGGAAACGUGAAGCACGAAAUGCAUCCCGGAAUUGAUGCGAUGCCGUGCGUCGCCAGGAGACCGGCCCGUGCCGAGGAAGGGCACCAACCAAACAAAAAAAAAGCUGAUAGUCAAUCCCAAUCCCUUUACUCGACCCUUACACGACCCUCGCCCAACCAGCACUACCACCGCUCGGCCCUUCCACCCCCCAAAAAAAAAACAAAA